UAGAGAGAGAUAGAGAGAGAGAGAAAGUAGAGAAAGAAAGCUCUCUAUUCUUCAACCUCGACUUCUUCGUUUUCUUCAUCUCUGUACUAUCGUCAAUCGAUCUUGCUAAGAUCUGCUUUAUUUUAAAACUCCGAUAAUCGUUCGCCGGAUUUACCGCCGGCCGGCAGAGUUGCAAUGUCGUCUUUAAGUAGGGAGCUUGUGUUCUUGAUCUUGCAGUUUCUUGAUGAAGAAAAGUUUAAGGAAACUGUUCACAAGCUUGAACAAGAAUCAGGGUUUUUCUUUAACAUGAAGUAUUUUGAAGAUGAAGUUCAUAAUGGGAAUUGGGAUGAAGUUGAGAAAUACCUUUCUGGAUUUACGAAAGUGGAUGACAAUCGGUAUUCGAUGAAGAUCUUCUUCGAGAUUAGGAAACAGAAGUAUCUUGAAGCAUUGGACAAGCAUGAUCGAUCCAAGGCCGUGGAAAUCCUUGUUAAGGAUCUUAAAGUGUUUGCUUCAUUUAAUGAAGAACUUUUCAAGGAAAUCACUCAGUUAUUGACUUUGGAGAAUUUUAGGGAGAAUGAGCAAUUGUCUAAAUACGGAGAUACGAAAUCAGCUAGAGCUAUAAUGUUGGUUGAGCUCAAGAAACUUAUUGAAGCAAAUCCUCUGUUUCGUGACAAAUUGCAAUUUCCGAACCUUAAGAAUUCAAGAUUACGGACUCUCAUAAACCAAAGCUUGAAUUGGCAACACCAACUUUGUAAAAACCCUAGGCCAAAUCCCGAUAUCAAAACUCUGUUUGUAGACCAUUCUUGUGGACAACCAAAUGGUGCACGUGCUCCAUCGCCUGCUAACAAUCCACUUCUUGGAUCGUUACCAAAAGCUGGAGGCUUUCCGCCUUUAGGAGCACACGGGGUUUGUAUUUUGUCCAUUUCUCAAUACGGGUAUUCGGUUUCUCGACUUUUUUGUGAUUAUUUUGCAUCUCUUUUAUGUGUUAAGCCGUUUCAACCUACACCAGCUCCAGUUCCGACUCCUCUUGCUGGUUGGAUGUCCAAUCCGCCGGCUGUAUCUCAUCCGGCAGUAUCCGGUAGUGCAAUUGGUCUUGGUGGUCCAUCUAUUCCAGCCGCUUUAAAGCAUCCAAGGACUCCAAAUAAUCCUUCGUUGGAUUUCCCAUCCGGGGAUUCUGAUCAUCUUAGCAAAAGAACAAGGUCCAUGGGCUUAACCGAUGAGGUAAACCUUCCGGUUAACGUGUUGCCUGUGUCGUUUCCGGGGCAUGGUAGUCAUAGUCAAGCUUUCAAUGCAACUGAUGACUUGCCCAAGACCGUUGCACGUACUCUAAACCAGGGUUCAUCUCCUAUGAGCAUGGAUUUUCAUCCUAUACAACAAACCUUACUCUUAGUUGGAACGAACGUGGGUGACAUUGGAUUGUGGGAAGUUGGCUCAAGAGAAAAGUUGGUUCUUAAAAACUUCAAAGUUUGGGAUCUUAGUGCAUGUUCAAUGCUUAUGCAGGCUGCACUUGUAAAAGAUCCCGGCGUCUCAGUGAAUCGUGUGAUUUGGAGUCAAGAUGGUUCGUUGUUUGGAGUUGCAUAUUCUAGGCACAUUGUACAAAUAUAUUCGUAUCAUGGAAGCGAUGAUGUGAGACAACAUCUAGAGAUUGAUGCUCAUGUUGGCGGAGUAAACGAUCUUGCAUUCUCUCAUCCGAAUAAGCAACUUUGUGUGAUAACUUGUGGAGAUGAUAAGACCAUCAAGGUUUGGGAUGCUGCAACGGGUGCGAAACAAUACACUUUUGAAGGUCACGAUGCUCCCGUGUAUUCUGUAUGCCCUCAUUACAAAGAAAACAUCCAGUUCAUAUUUUCAACGGCUCUUGAUGGGAAGAUAAAAGCAUGGUUAUAUGAUAAUAUGGGAUCCCGAGUUGAUUAUGAGGCUCCUGGUCGUUGGUGCACGACGAUGGCGUAUAGUGCUGAUGGAACAAGACUUUUUUCAUGCGGAACGAGCAAAGAAGGGGAGUCGCACAUUGUAGAAUGGAACGAAAGUGAAGGAGCGGUGAAAAGAGCAUAUCUCGGAUUCCGUAAACGAUCUUUAGGCGUUGUGCAAUUUGACACAACUAAAAACCGCUUUUUGGCAGCUGGUGAUGAUUUCUGCAUCAAAUACUGGGAUAUGGAUAAUGUUCAACUUUUAACAAGCGUCGAGGCCGAUGGAGGUCUUCCGGCGAGCCCGCGAAUCCGAUUUAACAAAGACGGAACUCUGUUGGCUGUUUCUGCUAACGAAAACGGAAUCAAAAUCUUGGCAAACUCGGACGGUCUUCGUUUACUUCGAACUUUCGAGAACCUUUCUUAUGAUGGUGCUUCAAGAGCUCCCGAAGCUCCAAAGCCUACCUUAAACACGAUAUCUGCUGCCGCUGCUGCCGCUAGUGGUGCCGGACUAGUGGAAAGGGUUGCCUCCGUUGGCUCCAUCUCAGGACUGAAUGGGGAUACGAGAAGCAUGGUGGACGUGAAACCGAGAAUCACCGAAGAACCAAAUGACAAAUCGAAGAUUUGGAAACUCACGGAAAUAAGUGAAUCCUCUCAAUGUCGAUCAUUGAAACUCCCGGAAAACAUGAGAGUAACAAAGAUAUCGAGAUUAAUAUAUACGAAUUCAGGCAAUGCUAUUUUAGCGUUAGCAUCAAAUGCUAUUCAUUUGCUUUGGAAAUGGCAGCGUAGCGAGCGUAACUCGAGUGGCAAGGCAACCGCGGGUGUUUCACCUCAACUAUGGCAACCUUCAAGCGGCAUUUUGAUGACCAAUGAAUUUACCGAAACCAACCCUGAAGAAUCAGUUGCCUGCUUUGCAUUGUCCAAAAACGAUUCAUAUGUUAUGUCGGCAUCGGGAGGAAAGAUUUCUUUAUUCAACAUGAUGACAUUUAAGACAAUGACAACUUUCAUGCCUCCGCCACCAGCGGCUACGUUUCUUGCUUUCCAUCCUCAAGACAACAACAUAAUUGCUAUUGGUAUGGACGAUUCAACCAUUCAGAUAUAUAACGUUCGUGUGGAUGAGGUCAAAAGCAAGCUUAAAGGGCACUCGAAAAGAAUCACGGGUCUUGCCUUUUCUCACGUUCUCAACGUUUUAGUCUCAUCAGGAGCGGAUGCUCAGCUUUGCGUAUGGAGUUCCGAUGGAUGGGAGAAGCAGAAAGCACGAUACUUGCAACUUCCGCCCGGAAGAACACCGACGGCGCAGUCGGACACACGGGUGCAGUUUCAUCACGAUCAGAUCCAUUUUCUUGUUGUACACGAGACCCAACUCGCUAUUUAUGAAACAACAAAGCUCGAAUGUGUAAAGCAGUGGCUCGCACGUGAAUCUUCCGCCCCGAUAUCGCACGCGAUGUUUUCAUGCGAUAGUCAGCUCGUAUACGCAAGUUUCUUGGAUGCAACCGUGUGCGUUUUUACGGCUUCACAUCUUCGUUUGCGAUGUCGCAUCAAUCCGUCUGCAUAUCUUUCUCCUAAUGUCCCAAGCAAUUCAAACGUGCAUCCGUUAGUAAUCGCUGCACAUCCACAAGAACCAAAUCAAUUUGCAUUGGGGCUUUCAGAUGGCAUCGUUCAUGUUUUCGAGCCUCUUGAAUCCGAAGGCAAAUGGGGGGUUCCACCACCGACUGAAAACGGUUCAACAAGUAACAUAGCAGCUGCUUCGGUUGGAGGCUCGGGUGCCGAACAAUCCCAGAGAUGACUCAGUCGAUUUCAUGGUGAUUUUUUUGUUGGUCCACAAAAAAUGUAAUCUAGUCGAUGACUGUAGAUCUAACUUAUUCGGUUUCUGUAAAUUACUAGAUCUUUCGGUUUCUAAGCAAGAACGUUCCAAAA